CACCCCUCAGUGUCUCUGUCUCGUCAGUUGUCACUCUCCCACUAAGCCAAGCUCUCUCAUCUCUCUCAGUGUCGCUCUCGCACUCAAGCUCUCUCGUCUCCGCUCUCUCUCACUGCCUCCGGUCUCACCCUCAAGCUCGUCGUCGCUCUCUGUCUCGUCACCGUCUCGCAGUCAACGCUCGCCUUCCCUGCCCUCCUCGUCGUCGCCGGCGGCAGAAGCAGCAGGUCCCGGGGCUGGUCGUCGUCGUCGCUCUUUGUCUCGUCACAGUCUCGCACUCAGGCGCGCGCCUUCCCUGCGCUCGUCGUCUCCGGCGGCAGAAGCAGCACGUCCCGGAGCCUCGCCGUCAGCUUCCUCCUCGCCAUCAGCAGCUGGUCCCCGAUUUGGUUCCGCCCUUUGCUGUCUUUCCCUUUCUCACUGAAACAACCCAACAGCGGCAUCUCAAAGUUUCAUCAUGCUUACAGGUUCAAACAGUGGCAGUUACUUGCAACUUAGGGCUACAAGUUUCAACAGAAGGCCGAUUCUUGUAGGUUUAAAAGGAGAGAAGCUGCUGUUUUCAAGCACUAGGUGGUGCCCGAAGUUUAAAAUUUCCUGCAAACUAACAGAGUUGGGAAAUAAUUUAUGCUCAACAAAUGAUCUUGAAAAGAAUCAACCUUUGGUUAAGAUGUGUGGCAUUACAUCAGCUAAAGAUGCUGCUAUGGCAGCUGAAGCGGGAGCAAAUUUUAUCGGGAUGAUCAUAUGGCCAAACUCUAAACGUUCUGUUUCACUUUCUGUUGCAAAGGAGAUAUCUAAAGUUGCUAGAGAUUAUGGAGCCGAGCCUGUUGGAGUAUUCGUCGACGAUGAUCUAGAAACAAUUUUAAGAGCUUCUGAUGCAUCAAACCUUGAAUAUGUUCAGCUUCAUGGACAUGGUUCUCAGUUAGUUUUUCCGUCCUUGGUUCAAGAAAACCGUGUAAUAUAUGUUCUCCAUGCAAAUGCGGAUGGGAGCCUUUUAAACACAAUUUCUGAUGAAGAUUGUUCUCUAGUUGAUUGGGUUCUUGUAGAUAGCGCGAAGGGUGGCAGUGGCGAAGCAUUCAAUUGGGCUCAGUUUAAACUACCUAAAAUUAGAAGCAAACACGGUUGGCUCUUAGCAGGAGGAAUUAAUCCAAAUAAUGUUUCCGAGGCUCUGUCUACCCUCAAACCUGAAGGAGUGGAUGUUAGUAGCGGUAUAUGUGGCUCAGAUGGUAUCCAGAAGGAUCAAUCAAGAAUAACUUCCUUCAUGAAUGCAGUCCAUUCUGUAAAGUAUUGAUUCAUGUUAAUUUAUUGUGACCUUCGUGACAGAAAAACAUAUCUGCAUGAUACUUUGUCACAGUUUUGUACAUUUGAGUCCAACUUUAUCCCCAAAAGUUUCCAUUGGUAGAGCUGUUUUUCGGCAUGGGAAUACUGUAAUGCCGGGAAUCAUAGAUAGAUGCAUGCUUUAUUACUUGAACCAGAUUCAAAAUGAAAAAACAUGUGAAAGGAUUAGUUCAGAGUCUUUUUUAUUUCAUA